AAUGUGCUUCCUGAAUCGAACAGGCUGUGCGUGGAAACACCUAGACGGUUUUGUUUGUCCUGCUGAUCAUCCGGAUGAAGAGGACAUUUCACCUCAUCAGCUGCAGCUCAGCCUCUAUAAGACCGCCGAGGCCACCAUCCAAUACUCUUCCCACUGCUCAAAUUUCUGUCAGGAAAGUUUCUCAUCUCUCUGAGCCAGCCUCUCCAGUGCUCUUGUCCAUCCAAGACUUCAGAUGGCUCAGCAGAAGGUGGUGCUCCGGGUUCCGACCAUGACCGACGACAAGACGAAGCAGAAAGCAUUUGAAGCCGUCGCAGAUAUCUACGGUAUUGAUUCAAUAGCUGCAGAUCUCAAGGACGGCAAGAUGACCAUCAUAGGAGAUAUGGACACCGUGGCAAUCGCGAAGAAAUUGAAGAAGCUCGGGAAGAUCGACAUCGUCUCGGUUGGGCCUGCAAAGGAAGAGAAGAAACCGGAGAAGAAAGAGGAGAAGAAAGAUGACAAGAAGGAGGGGGAGAAGGACAAGAAGUGAAGGAACUCUGAAGCCAACCGCAUCACGCAAAAAGAUUAGAGCUAUCUCCAUUGCGAACGAAAUCACUUUGUAUACUGAACUACAGUACAUUAACCAAGACAUUUACGCGUGGCUGCUACUUUUUCAUCAUGUUUGCGUAAUCUUAUCAUCGGAUCAUGUUUGCGUAAUCUUAUCAUCGGAUCUGGCACUUUGCCAAGAAAGUACUGAAGUUGCUUA